GUGUGCCACUUUUGACCAGGAAAGGAGCACCGGCCAGCAGGGUCUUCUGGUAGUGGGAGCACCACCUCCGCACAGGCACCUCGCACCAGUGGAGUCUGGUCUCUGCAGCCCAUAACAGUCUCUCCCCCCGAAAGCGAGACCCCCGUCCCGAGGAGGUUCUUGCCCUCACGGCGUCGUCGUCGUUUCGAUUGCUGAUUAUUUUUUUCUUACCAUAAGCUGACGGGGACGUGAGAAGUCCUAACAAAAGGCGGCACGAUGACAGCUGUCGAAACCCAAAUUACAUACAGCAACUCCUACACGAUCCACCAUGAAGAAGCGUAUAUGACCCAAGAGGAUGACUGGGACAGGGACCUGCUGCUGGACCCUGCCUGGGAGAAGCAGCAGAGGAAGACCUUCACAGCUUGGUGUAACUCCCACUUGAGGAAGGCCGGGACACAGAUCGAGAACAUUGAAGAGGAUUUUAGAAAUGGCCUCAAACUCAUGCUGCUGCUGGAGGUCAUAUCAGGCGAGAGGCUGCCCAAACCCGACAAAGGCAAGAUGCGUUUCCACAAGAUCGCCAACGUGAACAAAGCCCUGGACUUCAUCUGCAGCAAGGGAGUCAAGCUGGUGUCUAUCGGUGCUGAGGAAAUUGUCGACGGUAAUGUGAAGAUGACUCUUGGUAUGAUCUGGACCAUCAUCCUGCGCUUUGCCAUCCAGGACAUCUCUGUGGAAGAGACCUCUGCUAAGGAGGGUCUGCUGCUGUGGUGCCAGAGGAAGACUGCCCCCUACAGGAACGUCAACGUGCAGAACUUCCACAUCAGUUGGAAGGACGGCCUGGCUCUGUGCGCCCUCAUCCACAGACACAGACCUGACCUCAUUGACUACUCCAAACUGAGAAAGGACGACCCCAUCGGUAACCUGAACACCGCCUUCGAAGUGGCUGAGAAGUUCCUGGACAUCCCCAAGAUGCUUGACGCUGAAGAUAUUGUGAACACACCCAAACCUGACGAGAAGGCCAUCAUGACCUACGUGUCCUGCUUCUACCACGCCUUCGCCGGCGCCGAGCAGGCUGAGACGGCUGCCAACCGUAUCUGCAAGGUGCUGGCCGUCAACCAGGAGAACGAGAAACUGAUGGAGGAGUACGAGAAGCUGGCCAGCGAGCUGCUGGAGUGGAUCCGUCGCACCAUCCCCUGGCUGGAGAACCGCGUGGCGGAGCAGACCAUGCGCGCCAUGCAGCAGAAGCUGGAGGACUUCCGCGACUACCGCCGCAUCCACAAGCCGCCCCGCGUGCAGGAGAAGUGCCAGCUGGAGAUCAACUUCAACACCCUGCAGACCAAGCUGAGGCUCAGCAACAGGCCCGCCUUCAUGCCCUCCGAGGGCAAGAUGGUGUCGGAUAUCGCCAACGCCUGGAAGGGUCUGGAGCAGGUGGAGAAGGGCUACGAGGAGUGGCUGCUGACCGAGAUCCGCCGCCUGGAGAGACUCGAUCAUCUGGCCGAGAAGUUCAAGCAGAAGUGCGCCAUGCACGAGGCCUGGACCGGAGGUAAGGAGGACCUGCUGUCCCAGAAGGACUACGAGUCGGCCUCUCUGAUGGAGAUCAGAGCCCUGAUGAGGAAGCACGAGGCGUUCGAGAGCGACCUCGCCGCUCACCAGGACAGAGUGGAGCAGAUCGCUGCCAUCGCCCAGGAGCUGAAUGAGCUGGACUAUCACGAUGCUGCCACAGUCAACGCCCGCUGCCAGGGCAUCUGUGACCAGUGGGACAACCUGGGCACCCUCACCCAGAAGAGGAGGGACUCCCUGGAGCGCGUGGAGAAGCUGUGGGAGACCAUCGACCAGCUGUACCUGGAGUUUGCCAAGAGGGCGGCGCCCUUCAACAACUGGAUGGACGGAGCCAUGGAGGACCUGCAGGACAUGUUCAUUGUCCACAGUAUCGAGGAGAUCCAGAGUCUGAUCACCGCUCACGACCAGUUCAAGGCCACCCUGCCCGAGGCCGACAAGGAGCGCAUGGCCACCCUGGGCAUCCACAACGAGAUCCUGAAGAUCGCCCAGACCUACGGCAUCAAGCUGUCCGGAAUCAACCCUUACACCACCCUGUCCCCCCAGGACGUCAGCAACAAGUGGGACGCUGUGAAGCACCUUGUUCCCCUCAGAGACCAAAUGCUCCAGGAGGAGGUGGCCAGACAGCAGGCCAACGAGAGGCUGAGGCGCCAGUUCGCUGCCCAGGCCAACAUCAUCGGACCCUGGAUUCAAACCAAGAUGGAGGAGAUCAGCCACGUGUCCGUGGACAUCGCCGGCUCCCUGGAGGAACAGAUGAACAGCCUGAAGCAGUACGAGCAGAACAUCAUCAACUACAAAUCCAACAUCGACAAGCUGGAGGGAGACCACCAGCUCAGCCAGGAGUCCCUCAUCUUCGACAACAAGCACACCAACUACAGUAUGGAGCACGUCCGCGUGGGCUGGGAGCAGCUGCUCACCACCAUCGCCAGAACCAUCAACGAGGUGGAGAACCAGAUCCUGACCCGCGACGCCAAGGGCAUCAGCCAGGAGCAGCUCAACGAGUUCAGGGCCUCCUUCAACCACUUCGACAGGAAGAGAAACGGCAUGAUGGACCCAGACGACUUCCGUGCCUGCCUCAUCUCCAUGGGUUACGAUCUGGGUGAGGUGGAGUUUGCUCGUAUCAUGACCCUGGUGGACCCCAACAACACAGGCGUGGUGACCUUCCAGGCCUUCAUCGACUUCAUGACCCGCGAGACCGCCGAGACCGACACCGCAGAACAGGUCAUGGCCUCCUUCAAGAUUCUGGCCUCAGACAAGAAUUACAUCACAGUGGAGGAGCUGCGCAGGGAGCUGCCGCCCGAGCAGGCAGAGUACUGCAUCAGCCGCAUGACCAGGUACAUCGGAGCCGACAGCCCCUCCGGCGCCCUGGACUACAUCUCCUUCUCCAGCGCCCUCUACGGAGAGAGCGACUUAUAA